CAAGCAAUCAUCAACCCACCAGCCAGACGCGGCGAGACGUGACCGUCCGUCGCUUCAUACUUAGGUCUACAACAAACUCGGCUCGACAAGACAAGCAAGGAGCACCCUACACACGCACCCACAGCCAUGUCCACCUUGGCUAGCCCUCAGAAGCCACAGAAGCCGGCGAACCGUCGGCGAAGCUCGAGUGUCACCAACGCGCUCAAGCAGAUUCCUCUCAACCAGCACACGUCCACAAUGGCAGCCAGCAGCUCCGAGGUCCAGCCGCUGCCAAAGGGCAAGCCCCGCCCCUCGUCGGACGGCUUGCCGGAGAGGUACCACUCGCUCGGGUUCAAGGAGGACCUGCGGACCGGUCGUUGGAUGCUGGUUCCUUCCUCGGCCUUCAUCCUCAUGAUCAUCCCUAUCCUCCUCUGGGCCAACCAGUGGAUCCUCAUCGACACGGGCAUGAUGGGCCCGUUCACCUGGAACCCGUUCGAGCACCUCCUCUUCGUUAGCUACAAGCUCCCGAACGGCAAGUAUGUCAAGGGUCUUUACGACUUUGUCUUCAUCGCAUACUACAUUGUGGUUUGGUCCUUCGUUCGCCAGUUUGUGACUCUCUACGUUCUGCGCCCGCUGGCCAAGUCGCUCGGUAUCAAGGGCGCCAAGAUCAUGCGCUUCACCGAGCAGGGCUACGCCAUCUUCUACUUUGGCAUCAUGGGCACAGCCGGUAUCGCCGUCAUGCGCCAGCUGCCUACCUGGUGGUACAAGACCGAGUACUUCUUCAUCGACUACCCCCACCGGGAGAUGCCCUGGGGCCUGAAGACCUACUACCUCGUGCAGGCUGCCUACUGGUGCCAGCAGACCAUCAUCCUCGCCCUCAAGAUUGAGAAGCCCCGCAAGGAUUUCCACGAGCUCGUCGCUCACCACGCCGUCACCCUGUGGCUCAUUGGAUGGAGCUACGGUAUCUCGGUAGGUUUGAUGACGAGGCACCUGGUCGCGUGGCCGACUAACCUUCCUCAGCUCACGUACAUUGGUGUCUCCAUCUUCGUGUCCAUGGACGUGUCCGACAUCUUCUUGGCGCUUGCCAAGUGUGUCAACUACGUCAGCGAGUCGGCCUCUACGCCGUUCUUUGCCGUCUUUGUUGGAGUCUGGACCUACUUCCGUCACUACCUCAACCUGUGGAUUCUGUGGGGCGUGUACACGCAAUUCGACCUCAUCCCCUAUGACCAGCGUGCCACCUGGCGGCCACUGGAGGACAUGUGGAUGGUGUGGUGGAUGAAGUGGCAGAUCUUUGCCCCCAUCUUCCUCCUCCAGUGCAUCAACCUGUUCUGGUACUUCCUCAUCUGGCGUAUUCUCUUCCGCAUCGUCUUCCUCAAGGUGGUCAAGGAUGAGCGCUCGGACGAUGAGUCGGAGGAGGAGGAGCCCCAGAAGACUGUCGCCGGUGCCGACAAGGCCCAGUAAGAACUGAGGCUUCGACUCCGGCUUGAUGCCGAUCACUUAGAAGCAUAAGCCUAACCGACCAAGGUGGAGGCGGCCAAGGCGGUUAUCUUAGGCUGUUGCUGUGCUGCAGCAACCCCGUUCAUCCCAUCCCUCCCCUACUAUUUAUACGGCCUGCCUGGCGUUGACGUACCGCGGGUUCUAAUGCAUGUGAAGGUG